GUCUCGUGCGUUUAUUAGAAGUAAAACGUCGAUCGCGUGCUGCUGGAGAUCUGAACUGAAACCGCUGCUUCCGAUCUGAGGCCAUGGCGGGGUCUGGGAGUUCCAUGCUGUAUUCCUUCCUUCUCUUCACUGUCAUUCUCUCACUUCAAGUAGUGUACCGAGGGAAACUAGCAUCAACAGAAUUAUACACUAUACUUGGAGGCUUCGUCAGCUCUCUCCUAUUUCUUGUGCUCCUAACUUUCAUUGGAAAUUUUCAGGAAACAAUUGGUGCAAGAACUGGUUGGGGUGCUGUCAUAGUUGCAGAAGCAGUUGCUCUUAUUGCUGCAAGCACCGUCCAUCGAGUUUGCAUCACUACAUGUUUCCUGUUCUCAGCUGGAUUGCUGUACGAGGUUAACAAGAUCUCUGGGUCGGCGCUAUCAACAAGUGACUCAAGGACUAAAAAGCAAAGCGGAAGAGCUUAAGUCUAUGUAUGCUUACUAUAAAGCCAUCUUUAGAAAAUUUUCCCAGGAGCAUUAGUUUUAUAACCCUAUUAUAAUAACUUAUAAGUGUUUUGAGUUUGACUUGACUUUUCAUUGUACAAUUAAAAAUAUGAUUUGAAAGA